UAAUAAUAUGGAUCAGCAAUCUAGUAGUAUGGUUCGACGUCACGCUCGAGUUCGUCACGUUUAUAGUAGUUCCUUUAGCGUUCAUAGAAGUCACGUUCGUAGUAGGGGCUGGCGUCACGUUCGUAGUAUCGUUCGUAGUAGGGGCUGGCGUCAGCGUCACGUUCGUAGUAUCGUUCGUAGUAGGGGCUGGCGUCGGCGUCACGUUCGUAGUAUCGUUCGUAGUAGGGGCUGGCGUCAGCGUCACGUUUGUAGUAUCGUUCGUAGUAGGGGCUGGCGUCACGUUCGUAGUAGGGGCUUGCGUCACGUUCAUAGUAACGUUUCUCGUAGUAUGGUUCAGCGUCACGUUCGUAGUAGGGACUUGCGUCACGUUCAUAGUAACGUUUCUCGUAGUAUGGUUCAGCGUCACGUUCGUAGUAUGGUUCUGCGUCACGUUCGUAGUAUGGUUCUGCGUCACGUUCGUAGUAUGGUUCAGCGUCACGUUCGUAGUAUGGUUCAGCGUCACGUUCGUAGUAUGGUUCUGCGUCACGUUCGUAGUAUGGUUCUGCAUCACGUUCGUAGUAUCGUUUCUCGUAGUAUGGUUCAGCGUCACGUUUUUCGUAGUAUGCUUAAUGAAGAACAAAAUACACUACCAGCAGCAACAGUCGCGACAAACGCGGCUAAAAAACUUGAGGGAGGUUUAUAUAGACAUUUGGAUGCUCAAGAAUUAUUAAACGUAAGCGUUGUAAGAAAAAUAAAGGUUUAUCCAAAGCCUCACACAAUCUUCAAAUCAUCAAAAGCCACUAAAUGGGGGUAA